AUGAGCAAGAAGAAGUUCUUUGGCGCCUCCGACAUGAAGAUCGGCCUCAUCGGCGACGAGGACACCGUAGCCGGCAUGGUCCUGGCGGGCAUCGGCCACGUGGACGGCCAGGGCAAGAAGAAUUUCCUCGUGGUGGACAGCAAAACCCACCAGAAGGACGUCGACGAGAAGUUCCACGAGCUGGUCUCGCGGAGGGACAUCUCCAUGGUCCUGAUCACGCAGGGCUGCGCAGAGCAAAUCCGCUACGCCAUCGACGAGUACAGCGCCAGCGGGCAGGUCGUCCCCGCCGUCCUGGAGAUCCCGUCGAAGGACAGCCCGUACGACCCGAGGACCAGAAGGAUGCGAUCAUGCAGCGCGUGGCGUUCUUCCGGCCGAGCGCCAUGGCGGAGAUGGGCAUCGACGCGUGAGCGCGCUGCGGCCGCUGCUGAGGUCUGCAGCCCUCCGACAGGGACGAGCAACGUCCUGCCGGAGGCGCGGUGGCCAUGCUCGUGUAGAGAGGCAGGCACGGGCGGGAGGAAUGGGCACGGUGAGAAUGGGGAAGCUGAUUGGGGAAGGGGCAGGUAG